AGCUAUAAACGUCGAUAAUGGUGUUGUGAAACAAAAUGGGAUAAUAAAUAAAAAAAAACCAAACAAAUCUAUUAAUGUAAAAAAAUUGUAUACGUUUAGUCGCUUCGUGGUAGUAGUAGAAACUGCAAAAUGAAAUUCCGUUUCUGCGGCGAAGGCGAUUGCCCCGAUUGGGUUUUAGCUGAAAUUAUUUCUACGCUGUCCCACUUAACUAUAGAAAACCUGGAACAAUUAACAGAUCUUGUGGCAAAACGCAUCUGCGAAAAACCAUUUGAGGAAUCGAAAAUUAAAUCACUGACUUCCUCGUUAACAAACGAGGGUAAAACUGCCGUGGCCUGUAUACACUUUUUGCUGAUCAAUGCGGCACGGUAUAAUUGCACUGAAAAUAUAUUUGGCGAGGAAAUACAACAAUUGGGGCUCCCUAAAGAUCAUGCCGGAGCCAUGUGUCAGGUACUUAAGGAACAUUCGCCUGCUAUAAGACAGCAAUUAAUAAAAAAGUCCUUUAAAAUUAAUGAACUUGAGAGUAUAAGGGACGUGACCUCUCCAGAUGAAACGCCACCGAAUUGUGCAACUUUGGAACUUAAAAUCUCGCAAGAAUUGGUUGAUGACUUACCACAAGAUACAACUCACGUUGUUAAUAUUGAACUAUCGCACCUAAAGGCUCUGCUUUCAGAGUUAAAAACGGCUAGGGCCAUUAUGGAGAAAUAUGAAAAUAAGGAACCACCAACAUAGAUAUCUAACAUAGAUGACCUAAUAUGUACAUAUAUUAUAUUGACGAUUACAUUCCGUCAAUUUCGCAACAGAAAUGUCCGAUUAAUCCAAAGAAUGCUUUAACACUUUAA